GAGGGAGAGCAGCAUGCGCACGAGGAACGCUGGUCUCCAGGAAGAUCCCGAGGAUCCUGGCAGAGCGAAGAGGGCCUGCGUGCUCAGAGUGGACCGAGUCCCACCGUGCCUGCUCACCCUGUCCCUGGCCCUGCAGGUAAACACCUUAUGUCAUAUGACACGCCUCCCAGGCAGGAGAACGUGGCAAUAGGAGAUACGCCCACUGCCGUAGAUUAGGGACCGACGACAGUCCGAUUCUUAUGCUAAGGCGGUACGCUGACGCUGCUAAGAGCGGAUCACAGAAUGCUGUCUCAAUGCGGUAAACACCUCUGCUCUUUGUCUAGAAUGUCCAGACCCUCCAGGUGCACUUUGACCUCUCCACCGAGCUUGAUUUGUCUCUAUCUCAUGCCUUGUAUCCCUCCUGUAUUUCUCCCCCACCGCGUGCAGCAUGUGCUGGUCCAGUCCUCCAUGCUGGUCCUGGCUCUGGGGCUCCUGCAGCAGCAGCUUUGGCUGCGGGAAGGUGACAGGCAGAGGCUGCUGGCCUCCAGCUUCUUUCACUGCAGUGUCUCCACGCUGCUGCAGGCUUGGCUGGGCACACGCUUGCCAUUGAUCCAGACGCCGUCCUUAGAGUUUAUUAUCUCUGCCCUUGUCCUGACCUCCAAGCCUUUAGCAGACGUGCAUCUCAACUUGUCCACGUCGGUCUGCAUGAGCGCCUGCGAGGACCCCCCCUCAGCAGUGACAGACCCCCUGAGAGAGCUCCAAGGUAUGGUCCUUACAAGCGGGCUGGUCCAGCUGGCUCUGGGUGCCAGUGGACUGAGCUCCCUGGUGCUCCGUCACUGUGGACCACUGGUUCUGGCCCCCCUCUUCUGCGUGAUUGGCUUUUCCGUCCACAGGGAGGCAGCUCUGCUGUGUUCCGACCACUGGGGCAUUGCUGCUCUGGUGAUUGUGCUCAUCGUCUUCCUGUCUCAGCACUUGCGCUUCUGUUCGCUCCCGGCCAUCCUGGGGGCAACACGACACCCUGUCUGCAGAAUGGUCUCAGUACUUGUGCCGCUGCUGAGCGUGUGGGCGGUGAGCGCAGCACUUCAGCGCCUGGGCUACUUCCACCCUCACCAGGCCUCCGAGCUCCUGUCCACGCUGCACUUCCAGAACACUUCCAACAAAAUCUCCAGGAUCACUUUAAAUACCUCAGACAGCCUCUCUUGGAUUAACCUGAACAGCUCCUCAAUCUUGCCAUGCAUUAGCCAGAACAUGUCCUACGGUGCACCCUGGUUCAGCUUUCCUCUUCUAGGAACGAGGCUCCCCCUGCUGUCAGCACAGGGAGUUGCAGCAGGUGUUGCGGCUGCCUUCUCAUCAUUUAUCAGCUCUUUGGGUGUCUACCUGUUAACCGCGAGGCUCCUUGGAACCUCUCCCCCGCCUCCUGCUGCGUGUAACCGUGGGCUUUGUGCUGAGGGUCUUGGCAGUGUGAGCGCCGCCCUGCUGGGGGGACCGGUCGGUCUGAGCAGCAGUGUGCCCAAUGCCUGCACAUUGGGACUCAGCCAGUGUGGAUCUCGCCGCACUGUCCAGCUGGGAGCCGUAAUGGGACUGGUCCUAGGGGUAUCCCCACGAUUAGCUCAGCUGCUCAUCUCGUUCCCCCUUGCCAUUCAUGGUGCAGUCCUCAGCGUGACCUACACAGUCGCCGUGGGGACAGGUGUCACCUACUUCCAGUACACACACAUGGACUCCGGUCGCAACAUUUUCAACAUUGGCUUCGCUGUUUUUAUGUCCUUGCUACUACCUCGCUGGUUCAACUUCCACAAGACCUUUGUCCUCACAGGCGUGGCCAGUCUUGAUGUGCUGUUCAUCUCCCUUCUGACCCUACCAGUGUUCAUUGUGGGUCUUCUAGCUUUCUUCCUGGACAACACCGUGUCAGGAUCGCUGUCAGAAAGGGGGCUGUGUUCCAGCACGAGAAGGAAAAGGAGAUUGGAUGAUGGAACAUUGGAUCGUUCACUGGAACACAUUGGGAUCUACGACCCCCCCUACUUCGUGCAAAGGGUUCUGGACCUUCCUGGACUCCGCGUCAUCCCUUUCUCUGCCUGCAGGACACAGGCUAACAAGGAUGUGGAAUUGCCCUUGCAGGAAACCUCUGAUUUGCUGAACAGCUUUGAAGAAACCCAGAUUACUGGGGCAAUGGACACGCAUCCACAUCGUCCGGAAUUUUAGCUCUGCACUGGUAUAAAUGUCUGUGUGUGUGUGUGUGUGAGAGAGAGAUGUUAUUUGGAGAGAAGUAAUGGUACACGUUUUCUACUGAACCAGCUGGAAGACUACAAGGUGAUCAGAAAUAUUUUUUAAGCAAACUGAGAAAUGUUAAUAUGUGACACUCAAACACUGAGCAUGCAGGUUUGAUGGCAACUAUGCCUCCAAAUAGAAGUAAGUAUGCAUGUAAGCAUGAAGAGACAAUAUAAUGCAACAAAAUUAGGCUGCAUUAACAUGAAAAUGCCUUUACAAACUGGAUGAGUAGGUCAAUUGACAGGACAUUUUACUACAUGGGGGGCAAGAAUUGAGGUGUUGAGUGAAGUUUGCAGGGCUGUUAGCCAUAUCAACCACAAAAUAUCUUUUUGUUAUGGCCAUUUGAAAUACAUGGCAGUACACUUUGGCACACUGAAGGGAAAUAAAUUGAAAAAAACUGAGUACAUGAAAA